AUGAUCGGUGGUGGCAAUGGCGGUAACGGCGGAUCCAAGAAACGGCACCGUGUCGGAAGCAACAGCCGUUUAUCAUCCACCGCGGCGGUGAUCGAUUCCUCUCGUCUCGACGGAACCCUAACCGAAGGCUCUCACAAACCCUUACCAACAUCAUCCAUCCGCCGAUCAAAUUCACGUCAUUCUUUCCUCCCUAUCGCAUCCUCCGUCCCCAAUGGAUUCAAUGACCCUAACACCGCUGACGUCAUCCUCCGUCUCUACCUCGAUCAGUCCUCACCUUUUGAUUCAGACGAUUCAGAAACGGUAGUGGCUGUUGAUUCCACAUCGGAAUUCGAGAUCUAUCUCCAUUCUUCUGUCCUACGCCGAUCCAAGUACUUCUCCGCACUUUUAUCUGAUCGGUGGAAGAAGGACUCAGGGGAAGUUGAUUAUUACAGGUUUAAUUUAGCCGUGACUGCAGCAUCUAAAGCGCUAGAGUUACUUCCAAUUGCCUUGGAAUUACUGUUUGAGGACUGUGUAACGGCCUGCGUCCGAUACCUUGAAGCUGUACCGUGGACAGAGGAGGAAGAAAUAAUCGUGUUAAGUAUAAUCCCCCUUUUACGAGAUGAGGAGUCAGUGGAACUUUUAGCUAGGGUUUCACCUCCAAAGUCGGAUUUAUCAGAGGAAAUGCUUCACGGAUUGAUAUUAACAGCGAUUCAUAAUCAUCCAAACAUGGCGUUUGCAAAAGCGUUUGUUGCAAAACUCUUAAGGGACUUUUCAUCCAGGGAAUCCGCAAGAAGAGUUUUGGAUAAGUCUUUUGAGACCAGUUUGAAGGUGGUAAAAGAGUCCUUGGAGGAGUAUUCCAGUCCAGACUUUCGUGGUGAUCAUAACGAGACUGAAGCAAUUCAGAGGUUGAAUUUGCACACUGCAAUGACAAAUGGGAGGCAUUUAUUGUGGUUGAUUGAGCGGAUGAUUGAGUUAAGAGUAGCUGAUACUGCUGUGAAGGAAUGGAGUGAACAGACUUCUUUUACUGCUGAUCUGCAGAGGGCAUUUAGGGAUGAUGCAUGGAGGAAUAUUGUUCCUGGUCUUCCUGCUGUGGUUCUUAGGUGUACCUGCAAGCUUGCCAAUGCUGUUGCUUCUGGUGUUAUUUUGGCCUCUAGACAGGUUAGGAUGAAAAUGGUGAAAGAUUGGCUUCCUGUAUUGAUUGUAUGCAAAGACAAUGUCACACCAAUGUUGACAAAUCAUAAAUCAUUAUACCUGGAAUUGGAAGAAACAUUCUUGAAAAUCAUAUCAACAUUGCCUAUGUCCGAAGCUCAAGAAUUGUUGCAGCAAUGUCUCAGUUUUUCAACUCGAAAUGUUGAGGAUUGCCCUCAUUUAGUUUCAGCAUUCACCACGUGGUUUCGCCGUGCAAAUCGACAAUUACCAGAGAUGUAUGACGAUCUUUUGGGGGAGUAAGAGCUCCUUAUUAUUCGAAUAUAGUGGCUGCUAAAGUGAGACGUCAAAGGUAUUAAGAAUGAAGAGAAGCAUCGGCGAGGAAUCUAAAACUUUAGAUAUAACUAUCUAAUAUAGUUUCACAUUACAAAUGAUGCAUUGAAAUUUUUUCCCCUUCUAUAAUACAUUUUUAUUUCUUCUUAUAAUUUUGUUACAAUGUCAUUGAUGAAAACAGAACACGAUGCAUAAAAAAAAACCUUAUACUUACAUAUGGC